AUGGAUCCCCUCCAAGGUCCUGCCAUCCCUCCACCGGCUGGAGAGGUCUCGAAUCUGGAUAACCCACCAAAUGGCAACCACCUUGCCUUGGGAGUUCAAGUGGGAACUUGUGUGAUCACCUCAAUAUUCUUCUUUCUCCGAAUGUACGGCCGUAUUGUCAUGUUGAGAAAGUUUCAAGCAGAAGAAAUGAUGGCUAUAUUGGCAUAUGGAUGUUACUGGGGCGCCAUUAUUUCUUCGUUCAUGAUGCUCAAGUAUCCCGGCUACCUCGUCCACGCUUGGAACGUCCGCCUUAUCAAUGUCAUUCCGACAACUUAUUGGGUCUUUGUUUACGGUGUCUUUUACUCCAUCGUGCUUCCGCUGCUCAAGGUUGCCAUCAUGGUCGAAUGGGUUCGAUUGUUUGUGCCCACUACGAAGUCCAGGAGCCCCUUCUUCUGGGGCGUUUGUGUCAUUUCCUUUGUCCAGAUUGCGGCCGGAAUCGCCAUUGUCAUUGCCCUGAACAUGCAGUGCACUCCUCACCAGCGAAUCUGGGACUUUAGAGUGGAGGGCACAUGCUUCAACCUGUACACACUGCAGGUGAUCUCGGCAAGCAUCCAGCUGGGAUCCGAUGUCGCCAUGUUCUGUCUGCCCCAGCACACCAUCUGGACUCUGAAGAUGACCUGGCAGAAGAGACUCGGUGUUGCAGCCAUCUUCAGCAUGGGUGUUCUUGCCAUUGUUGCCGCAUCCUUUCGAGUCGACGUGACCGUCCAGCAUGGAAAUAGCCCAGACAGUAUUUACACGCUUGCGCCAAUUGUUUUCUGGGCGUCGGCUGAGAUGACCUGCGGGUUCUUCAUUCUCUGCGUCCCCUGCAUCCCCAAGAUCAUCCAAGAAGCCGGCAUCGUCCCGGCCAUCAAGAGGGGAACCGGCAUGAUGAACUCCGGCAGCAACUCCAAGCACACGGGCAGCAGCUUCGCCCGCGGCGGCAACACCAAGACCUCCGUCUCGGCCAACAAGGACUACUACCAGCUCGAGGAGGAGGGCGUGCACAUGAAGAACCUGUCCGAGUCGACGGAGCAUCUGCAUGCCGGCUCCCACGGAGCGGCCAUUACUCGAACCACGCGCGUCACGGUGACAAACGACAGCCGCUCCAUCAGCGAUAGCGACAGCAAGAACGACACUUGGGGUAAUUAG